AUGUUUCGGUUUCUCCGCGCCGAGCCACAUACCAGCAUACGCAAGUUGCAGGAAUGCCGCGCCGAUCCUGUCGGAAUUCCACCGGUCACGCGUGAAAAUGUGCGCCAUGCACCGGAGCAAAACCUCACUUUGGAAUCACAUCUCACGAUGCUUCUGGUUGGUCGAAUUUUGGGCCUCGCGGCCCUGGCUGUGUUGGCUGUGGCUGCUCCUUCGCGUCCGGUCCCGAGAGAUGUGUCGAGUAGUGUGCUUAGCCAGCUGAGUCUGUUUGCCGAGUAUUCGGCAGCUUCAUACUGCUCCAACAACAUCAACUCGACUGGUAAUGCUGUCACUUGCGCAGAAGGCAACUGUGCCUCUGUGCAGUCUGCCGAUACAACAACUCUGUGGGAGUUCGACAGGGCUUGCUCAUAUGGCAACGUCGCCGGUUUCCUCGCUGUCGAUGAGACCAACAAGCUCCUCGUCGUUUCUUUCCGCGGUAGCCGAGCGCUCACCACUUGGAUUGCGAACAUCAACUUCGGCUUGACCGAUGCGAGCUCUCUAUGCAGUGACUGCGAAGCUCAUUCCGGAUUUUUGGAAUCGUGGGAAACCGUCGCGGAUGAUCUGACAUCGAAGAUCAAGUCCGCACAGUCGACUUACUCCGGAUACCAGCUUGUCCUUACAGGACACAGCUUCGGUGGAGCUGUUGCGGCCCUUGGAGGCACCGCAUUGAGAAACGGAGGAUUAACAGUCAGCCUGUACACAUACGGUCAGCCGCGCAUCGGAAACGAAGCAUUGGCUACAUACAUCACGAACCAGGGCAGUCUUUGGCGAGUGACACACCAAGACGACAUUGUUCCUAAGCUACCACCUUCGAGCUGGGGAUUCAGUCACCCCAGUCCCGAGUACUGGAUCACCAGUGACAACGAGGCCACAGUCACCUCGUCAGAUGUGGAUGUGAUUGAAGGUGUAGGAUCCAAGUCAGGCAAUGCGGGAACAUUGAACCCAGAUGUUGAGGCCCAUAACUGGUACUUUGGACACAUUGAUGGUUGCCAGUGA